UAAAAUGAACCCAGAGAAUUGUUUGGCAUUAUUACUUCCCAGUCUCCAUCAAAUUCAAGUGAUGCUAUUUUUAUGAUGUUUAGUUCCAGCCUCUCAUUUUGGGUCCCCCUACUGAGCUCACCAGCAGGAAUAGUGGCUCACUGUUGGUUUGUCACACAGGGCUGUCUUUGUCUCUCUCACCACAAUUUACCAAGCAUCCUUUGUUCAACAUGGAGAAAAGGAUCACAUCUUUUGAUAUGCAGGAAGAAAAGUCUCAGCUGAGCCAACAUCAACUUGAAAUGCAAAGCAGAACACUGAAGAGGAAAUUCAGAACAAGUGAUGAACAACUUGAAGAUAUCCCAGUGUCGUCCAUAGAACUUUCUAUUAUACGAGCCGAACAAACCUUGAAGUCACCGUGUGAAUCCAAGGCUCAGUUUGACUCCAGAGACAUGUGGUUGAAUACUUCAGAUCAAAGGAUAACAGGAUUCAGGAACUGCAUGGAAAAAUUUGAGAUUGGUGUGAUACAGGCCUGUAGAGACUUGCGUGUGAGAUCUGAUCGCAAGGCUUUACGUAGAAAGGCUGAAGAGAAAGCUAGACAGCAGAAGGAAUUCAGAGAGCUUUGUGCAAGGCGUGCACCCAUGUUCUGGGUUCCUCUUAGAGCACAUUGUGUCUGGGAGAGGAUGCCGGUAACACUGAUGUGUACCAUAAUGGGAAACCCAAGGCCAACAGUGCAGUGGUUUAAGAAUGGAGUGCCUAUUGACCGUAGAACCUCUCCUCCUGGAAAAUACAGAAUCCUGGAUGAUUAUGGAAUGCUGACCUUAGAGAUUAGAAGGUGCAGCCUAGAAGAUUCAGCUGACUACAGUGUUGUGGUCUCAAAUGCUUUUGGCCAAGCAACCUCAUUUGCCAAUGUGCUUGUAAAAAAAUAUCAAGGGUUAAAAUCUGGAUGGGACUCCGUUUCAUAUCCAUCCCUAUUACCAGUCUAUGAAGGGGAAUUUACAAGUCUUUUGAAGCCUGUGUUUACAAGAGAGAAAGAACCAUUUACCCUGUCCUGUUUGGUGUCUUCCAACAUCGAAAGGCAUGUACAGAGCAUUCAGUGGUAUAGGGAUGGAGUGUUGCUGAAAGAGUCACAACGCAGAAAGAUAGCAUGCGAUGGCUGUGACCUCUCUCUCAGUGCAGCGCCAGCUUUCAAAGAGGAUGAAGGAUUCUAUACAGUUCAAAUACCUUCUUCAUCUGGCCAUCAGGAGCAAAGUGCUUAUGUUUUUGUUAGAGAUGCUAAGCCUGAAAAAGAAGGUGUUCCAGGGGCCCCUCUUUGUGUUCGGUGUUAUGAUAUUAAUAGAGAUGGUGUGCUAUUGGCUUGGACCCCUCCAAGUGAUGACAGAGGAAGCCCUGUGAUUGGUUAUUAUGUUGAGAAGUGUGACAUCUCAACACAUCAGUGGACACCAUGUAGUGAAGUCCCGACGAAGAUAUGUAAGUUACCUGUUUCUGGGCUAACUAAAGGAAACACCUAUCGGUUCAGAGUCAGAGCAAUCAACCAGGUUGGGAUUAGUCUUCCAUCCAAGGCCAGUCAGCCAGUCACCAUGAUGGAUCCUGCUGAGAAAGACAGAUUGAUAGUGAUCCCGUAUGAUGAACAAAGGACAAUCACAGUUUGUAGAGAUGAUCUUCAAGAAUCUGUCAAAUUGCCUUUGCCACCAACAAAUGUCCAUGCUUCUGAGAUCCAUGAAGACUAUAUCGUUUUAUGUUGGGAUGAACCUGAUCCGCAUGGGAAAGAGCUUCUUUCUUAUUAUGUAGAACAGGCCAUUUCAGGCACCAACAACUGGCAAAGGAUAAUGCUGGAAACAACACUGAAUUCUCCAAGGUGCUCUCUGCUUCAUCUUGAUAAAAGCAAAUCUUACUGUUUUCGAGUACGAUCUGCAAAUAAAUUUGGAGUAAGCGGACCGUCAGACCCAAGUGAACCCAUCUCUCCCAAAGCAACGUUAGCCAUCCCUCCAGCACCUGGGCAUAUCAUUGCCUUCAGAGACACAAACACAUCUGCAGUGGUACAGUGGCAAAAGGUAGAGGGUGAUCCUGAGAUUCUGGGUUAUUACUUAUAUAGUCGACUUGCAGGAGAAGAGGAAUGGCAGACAGUAAACAACAAGCCUUUGCAAGGCACACGGUUUACUGUUCCUGAGCUACAGACUGGAAAGCAGUAUGAGUUCUGUGUGAGAGCAGUUAAUGAAGCAGGGCUAAGUGAACGGUCCCCUCCAUCUGAGCCAAUCAGCAUCAGUGAGGCUAUCUAUUGUCCCUCUGCUCCUUAUGGCUUUGCACUCUUGUGCUGUGGAAAAGAUGAAAUGACCAUAAGCUGGAAAGCUCCAAAGUUCACUGCUGGAAGGAAUGUCCUUGGCUACUUUCUAGACCAGCAUGAUUCCUUAGAAGUGACUUGGCAAGAAGUGAACAGUCAACCAAUCCCCAAGAGGAUAUGCAAGGUAACAGAUCUGACUGAAGGCCAUUUUUAUGAGUUCCGAGCGAAAGCCUUGAACUCAUCUGGCGUUGGAAGGAUGUCAGAGCCAAGCGAACUGUUUAAAUGUGAAGAGUGGACAAUGCCAGAACCAGGUCCUCCCUACGAUGUCAGCUGUACAGAGGUGCGGAACUCUUCCCUUAUGUUACAAUGGGAAGCUCCAAUUUACACAGGAAUUGGUCCAGUCACUGGCUAUAUCAUAGAAAUCCGAGAGCAUGGUUCUGGAUUGGACUGGAAGAGGAUUAAUGAAAAUCUAGUAUCUGACACACAUAUGAGAAUACCUGAUUUGGAAAAAGGAAAAUGUUAUGAACUUCGUGUGAUAGGAGUUAAUGCAGCAGGACCGGGAAUGCCAUCUCUGCCCUGUGAUCCAGUAGUUGCUGAAACUAAACCAGGUACAAAUGAGAUUGAAGUUGGUGUAGAUGAAGAAGGGUCGAUUUACUUGGCAUUUGAAAAUCCAGAGCCAAUUGAUUCUCCACAGUUUAUCUGGUCAAAAGAUUACAAGGGAGCUCCAAAUCCAGAAAGAACUGAGAUCUCCACUGAUGGAAACAGAUCCAAAUUAAUCCUGACAAGCCCAUCCGAGAAGGAUCUGGGAACUUAUGCAGUGGAGGUUCCGAACACUGAUGGAGUUUCUGCUAGUCACAUAUUAACAGAAGAAGAACUAGCUGAUCUGCUUCGUAGAAGCCAUGAUAUAAAGCAUCCAUUGAUAAAGCUAAUAUCUGGGUGGAAUACGGAGGUGCUGGAAAAUGGUGAUGUCCGGCUUUGGCUGCAGGUGGAAAAGCUGUCCCCUAAUGCAGAAUUAGAGAUGAUCUUGAACAACAAAAUCAUAAAAAACACACCGGAACGGAAGAUUACUUUUGACAAGGAGAAUGGACUCAUUGAGAUUAUAAAGGAAGACUUUGGUGAGGAAGACAGAGGAACAUACACUGCAAAGCUGCAAGAUGGAAAAGCAUCAAAUCAGUUCACUUUGACUCUCACAGGGGAAGAUUUCAACAAACUUCAAGAUGAGUCUAAUUCAAAAAGUAAAGCCUGGAAGAAAAAGAAAGGUCCACAUUUUGUGAAACAGCUGCAUUGGAAAGUGACAGAGGAAUGCCAUGUUAUUAUAACAUGCAAGGUAACUAAUACAAAGAAAGAGACAACCCUCAACUGGUCUCUAAAUAAGAAGCCACUGCCUAACAUACAGUUUGAUGGCCAGAGUGGAGAUAGUACACUUGUAAUUGAAAAGUUUACCAGUGAAGAGAAGGGACAGUACAAUGCGGUGGUAAAAGAUACAAGGGGAGAGGACACUAGUGAACUUGAUCUCAGCAAAGAAGGUUUUGAAGACAUUAUGAAAGAAAUCUGCAGGAUUAGUGCUCUGUCUGCCUCCCCACUGAAAUGCCAAGGCACGCUUGAAGGGAUCAAGAUUUACAGUGAUGUGAAAUGUUUUAUGGAAAGAAUGAACCCAGUUUGGCACCACAAAGAUAAAAAACUGUCCAGUACCGAGAGGGUCAAAUCUGGAAGCACAGGGAAUCAGGUCUGGCUCCAUAUAGCCAGCCCUACUGAAUCAGACAAAGGGCAAUAUACUCUAGAGCUGUUUGAUGGCAAGGACAUCCAUAAACGCACCCUUGACCUAAGUGGCAAAGUGUUUGAAGCUGCAUUGGCUGAACAUCGGAAACUCAAGGAAGAUGCAAUUAUAGAGAAAAAUCGUGCUAAAGUUGUCCGAGGUCUCCCAGAUCUAGCUACAAUAAUGGAAGACAAGACCCUGUGUUUAACAUGUCAUAUAUCUGGAGACCCAACACCAGAAGUUUCAUGGGUAAAGAAUGAAAAAACUGUAGUGUUCAAAGAUCGUUAUAAACUGGAUAUCAAGGGGACUGUGGUUACAAUGACCAUAGAAAAGAUAUGUGCUGAUGAUUCUGGAAGGUACAGCAUUACAGUGAGAAAUAAAUAUGGUUCAGAAGUUGGGCAGGUGACAGUAAGUGUCUUCAAACAUGGAGAAGAGCCAGAAGAGCUGAAAAAGUCAUGGGACAAAACCCAAAAGCCAAAAAGCCACGCACAGCAUAGUUAAGUUAUUAAAAUGUUCAGUUCAAUGUAGUUAAGUAACAAGUGAAUUUUAUUCACAUAGAAAGAUGAUUAUUGGCUAAGGUUAGAGUGGCUUGUUCUAGCAGGAAUUAAAAUCUUAUGAUUUAAACAAAAAUCUAUAAUUUCUACUAUUGUAUAUCAGCAUGCAGUAGUUCCUUGAAUUUUCCAGCACGUCCUUGCUUAUUCAUGCAUUUUUCGCUCAUUGGAACUAUAAAAUGUUUUCCAAAUGUAUAUUCAAAACUGAUACACAUAAUUCAAGCCUUGUCUAUUACAAUCUCGAUACAAUAUUGACUAUGAAAUGCUUAAAUGGAAGGUAUAAACAAGAACGUCCUGUAUAAUAUUUUGAAGUGGUUCACCUAUUUUUCUUCUGGCUUUUGUCUAAUAAAAGCACAUUUGGUUUUAUAUAUACUAAAUUAGUGCAAUUUUUAACACCAAAUAACAACUGGCAAAUCUUUUUAAAACUAUUAAAAACAGUUAUCCUCCCUUAUAAACUAUAAUAAACAUUACAUUUGUGUGUUUCA